AUGGUGCUGCGCCUGUUUCGCGACAUGGCAAGCCGGCGCGUGAGCGUGGUCAACUACAAUACUGCCAUCAGUGCGCUGGGAAGAGAGGGGCAGUGGCAGUUGGCCGGGCAGAUGCUUGGGGAUAUGGCGCACGCAUCCGAGAGUGCCAGCGAAUGGGAGCUGGCGGUCCAGACCUUUUCCUCCAUGAUGGAGGACAUGCCAGCCGCCAAGGUGCACGAUGUCCUGCAGCCGAGUGUAGACAAAGUCUCCCCUGAUGCCAGUACCGGGAAUGCCGUCAUCAGUGCUUGUGGAAAGCUCCUGGUCAAAAACCUGGCAUGUUGUGAGCUUUACCGAGGUGCAGAUUCUGUGGUUUUGAGUGCAUGGAUAGCAGCCAUGGAUCUGAAUGCCCAUUGGCGGCUGUCGAUGCAGCUGUUGCGCAGCAUGCCGGAGAUGAAGAUCACACCGGACACCGUCAGCUUCAACACCACCAUGAGCAUCCUCGAGGUCUUGGGAAACUUUGCAGGGCAAUGGGCAUUGACUGGGCAUCUGACUGCUGUCCCAUGUGCAGAGGAGACAAAGGCUGCUCAGCUUUGGGAAGAGGCCCUGGACCUUUUUCGGUCCAUGCUCGAAGCCAGGAUUUCGCCUGACCGCUUCAGCUACAACGCUGCAAUGAGCGCCGGGGCUCAGGGUGGGCAGUGGCAGCUCACCCGACAAUUUUUCGGCACCAUGCGCGAUGCCGAAGUCAUGCCGGAUAUGUAUUGCUAUAGCACUCUGUGCACCGCCUAUUCUGCAGCGAGCCAGUGGCAGCUUGCGGUUCAACUCUUCCACAGCAUGCCGGCCGGUGUUGCCACAGAUGCGGUCUUCUACAACACCGCCAUGCUUGCCUACCAGACUGGAGAGCAGUGGCAGCCGUCCUUGCAGCUCUUUGAGGACAUGAGGACCGCGAAGAUUCCAGCGGAUGUUCUCA